UCACGUUUCAACACGGAUGUAAUUGAGUGAGGCACGGCUGGUUUCCGCCGCGCUCAGAAGUUUCUUACUUUCUAUAUGUAUUGUUUAUUAACCAGAUAUUAUAUGUAUCACAUGAAUAGCGUUUCAAUCACUUGAUUCAGUCAGUAAAGUAGGGAAGAAGAGGUUCUCUAACUUUAGAAGUGUUUUAUUUAACGUUAAACCAUGGCGUGUGAAGGAAACGGCAUGUCGGACGCGAGGAUCGGAGAGGCCCUGAUCAAAGAGGUCAUCGAGGAGGAGCUGAAGGACGCGUCCUCGGAGGACUUCCCUCCGCUCACCCCGCUGGCCGUGGAGCUAAAGACGGAGCAGGAGCAGCAGAUGGUGACCCAGCUGGGCAAAAUGAUCCGCAUCAUCGGCGACAGGGUCCGAGACGACCAGGAGUUCCAAGAUGCAAUCGACGGAGUGGCUUGUUCCUCCAGCUCUAAGGGGGACCGCUUCAAGCAAGUGGCAGAAAAAGUAUUUGAACACGGCAUCACCUGGGAGAGGAUUGCUGUGCUCUUCUACGUGGCCGGCAAGCUGGCUGUCAGGAUGGUGAAGGCUCACCUCCCUCAGUCAGUGAGGGAGAUCCUCAAGUGGACUGUGGACUUUUUCAGAAACAAUCUACUGGGCUGGAUUCGGGAACAUGGAGGAUGGAUAAACAGUUUCUCUGAAUUGGCGGUGGCGUCCGUUCAGAGCGUAUCAUCAAUGAGCCCCCACAGCUACGGCAUCGUCCUCAUCUUCAUCGCCGGCCUGGCUCUGGGAAGCGUCCUCACCUGGAGACUGACCCAACGGCUCUGAGGCUCACACACACACACACACACACACACACAUUUACAUUCUUAACUUCUUCUUUUUUUAUUCUAUGAACAAGUGUUUUAAAAAACAGGUGAACAUUCAUAACAAUUUUAAGCCCAAUUGCAAUGUUUUGCUGACGAUAACCUACCGUAUUGUCCGCACUAUAAGGCGCACUUAAAAGCCUUUAAUUUUCUCAAAAAACAACUGCGCCUUAUAAUCCGGAGCGCCUUAUAUAUGGAUCAAUUGGUUAACUGGUUGAUCCA